AGCUCCCUCCAGCCAAAAAAAAAAAAGCCCAACUUUAACCAAGCACAAGAAACCUCAUUUCAAUCUCCCUUCUUCUCCCAACACCCCCUAAAAAAAAGCCAUUUUUUCCUUCUUCCCCCUCCCUCCACACCCCCGCCAUGUCCACCUCCAGCCUCAGCGGCCUCUGCUCAAGUUUCCAUGGAAGCUUGACUGUUAGUGGCGAGCACAGAGCUGCUCUCAGAAAAGCCUUCUCCUCCACUGUUCGAACCUCGAAGCCUUUGAGGCUCUGUCCGAUGAUGAAGAACGUUAAUGAAGGCAAAGGUUUCUUCGCUCCUGUUGUAAUUCUCACAAGAAACAUUAUUGGGAAGAAGAGAUUCAAUCAGCUUAGAGGGAAGGCGAUUGCUCUUCAUUCUCAGGUUAUUACUGAGUUUUGCAAGACUAUAGGAGCUGAUGGGAAGCAGAGGCAGGGGUUGAUUAGGCUGGCUAAGAAGAAUGGGGAGAAGCUUGGUUUUCUUGCUUAGGGAUUAAUUGAGAAAAAUGAAUUUAUUUUUAUUUAAAGAGUUCUCUUUUCAUCUAUUUUAUCUUUUUUAUUUCUUUUAAUUUGAACUGAGGGCUGUGAAUGUUAAUGAAGAAUUAUUUAUAGGGUAUGUUUUUAGUUCUGAAAAUGAGUUGCAUUUUGAUAUAGAAGCAUAGGUUUUUGGUAUGUGCAAGCUCAUUGCUAUAGUAUGAAAGAAUGAUAAU